UUCAUAUGGAGAGACCACCAAGUCCCUCUGGCUCCCGGCUUCUCAGCUGCCUCCUUGCUCUAGCCUUCCUCCAGCUGCCUGCUCAGGUGUCAGGAAAUACCGACAAGUUCUACCUGGCCCCACUCGGGGGCAGAGCCGAGCUGCCCUGCCCCCUCUUGCUCUGGCCAGGCAUGGUGCUCAGCGAGGUGAGGUGGGAACGGCCUGCACACCUGCCUGGCACCCAGGCUGUCCACGUGCUCCGGGAUGGGCAGGACAGUGAUGAAGAUCUGAUACCAGAAUAUAAGGGCAGGACCACGCUGGUGAGAGAUACCCACAAGCAAAGUUACAUUCUGUAUAUCAGUAACGUGAGGCUCGAGGACCGAGGGCCAUACCAAUGCCAGUUCCGGGUCGGAAACCAGAGUCAAGAGGGCAACGUGACCCUGCAAGUGGCAGUUUCAGGUUCUGAUCCCUUCAUCCAUGUGAAGAGCUAUGAUGCUGGCUGGAUCCAGCUGGUGUGCUGGUCAAUGGGAUGGUUCCCAAAGCCAUGGACCGAGUGGAGAGACGCUCAGGGCAGAGUGCUCCUGUCGCUCUCAGAGACCCACUCGCUGGAUGAAACUGGGCUAUUCCGAACAGCAGUGUCCAGCCGCAUCAGGGACAGCACUCUGGGGAAUGUGUCCUGCACUGUCCGUAAUGAGGUCCUCGGCCAAGAGAAGACCACAGCCAUGGUCAUUGCAGCCCCAGCUCCCGGAAGUCUGUCCUCUCCAGCCGUGGCUCUCUCUGUGGUCCUGCCUAUCUUGGGACUCCUUAUCCUUCUUGGCAUUUGGCUCAUCUGUAAACAAAAAAGAUCAAAAGAGAAGCUUCUGUACGAACAGGUGAUGGAGGUAGAAAAUCUUCUGGAAGACCACGCCAAAGAAAAAGGAAGACUCCACAAAGCCCUCAAGAAGCUCCGAAGUGAACUGAAGUUGAAAAGAGCCGCCGCCAACGCAGGUUGGAGACGAGCCCGGCUGCAUUUUGUGGUGGUGACCCUGGACCCUGACACGGCCCAUCCCAAACUCAUCCUGUCUGAGGAUCGGAGAUGUGUGAGGCUUGGCGACAAGAAGCGGUCUGUUCCUGACCACCCUCAGAGGUUUGAUUUUGUCGUCAGCGUGCUUGGCUCUGAGUACUUCACCACUGGCUGUCAUUACUGGGAGGUGUACGUGGGCGAGAAGACCAAAUGGAUCCUUGGCGUGUGCAGUGACUCCGUGAUCAGGAAGGGGAAGGUCACGGCCUCACCUGCCAAUGGCCACUGGCUCCUGCGGCAGAGCCGUCGCAAUGAGUAUGAAGCUCUCACGUCCCCGCAGACCUCCUUCCGUCUGAAAGAGCCUCCGAAGUGUGUGGGGGUUUUCUUGGACUAUGAAGCCGGAGUCAUCUCCUUCUACAACGUGACUGACAAGUCCCACAUCUUUACUUUCACCCACAGUUUCUCCAGCCCCCUCCGUCCUUUCUUUGAACCUUGUCUUCACGAUGAGGGGAGGAACACGGCUCCUCUAGUUAUUUGUACCGAACUGCAGAAGUCAGACGAAUCGGUUGUCACCAAACAUGAAGGAAAAGGCCGUGCUAAUGGAGAUGUGACCCUGAAGGUGAAUCCGUCCUUACUAUCUCCUCAGGGUUCUGAGCUUUUCCCAGUCAACGAUACCUGGCCCUCUAGCCUCGGCCCUGCCCUUCAGGGGUUCAAGGCUCCUUCUCUGUAG